UCUGGACGCUCCAAGUUGGUUCUCUGCAAUCCGAAGGAGCCAGGCGAGUGUAGUCGGAGCACCCCUUUUUCGACCGUCCGAACAGGAUGACUACCUCUGGAGCACUCCGAAACGACCAACCGAAGGUUGCCGACUACUUCCCGGAUGCCGUCGCUGUGUACACAUCCAGCGAUGAUCCUAGCCUGGAGUGCCUCUAUGCCAACAGAACAGAAUACAUACAGAGGCAGAAAGCCGUUUAUGUAUGGACUUUGAAAGGUCAUCGAGGCACGAAUAAGGGAACGUACAAGGUCGAAUUUCGCCCGGGCCCCUCGCCGGACACGGCAGUUGCCAUCGUCAACGGUGACAUUUUUCGUCCGCAUCUCGUCAAGUUCCAGUACACUAACAACAAGAAUUGCAAUAUCGCGGCGAAUUUCCCUUUCCAUGGAGAUGUAUGCAUGUUGUGGGUCACCGGUUCAAGCAGGUUCUCGGUGCCGCAGGAGUGCAUCGAUCAUUUCGAAGACAUAUGCGACACCGAAGUUCCCGACUACAAUGAGGACAUUUGCAUCGGCGAUCUUCGAUAAGGCUGUAUAAAUGAUGAUGAGACGUCUCUGCUUAACGAAAAUUAUCACUGUCCCGGUGAAGAAUUUAGUACUUGCAAUUUUUUUCGAAAAAAAGAUGCCGCAGCUAGCCUUCCAGAUUAUACCACUAACCUUUUUUGAACUAUAUGCAUCUUCCUGUA